GAUCCUUUUUGUUUAUUAAUUGUGCACCUCUACCUACUCCUCGUUCGCCAUGGAGACAACUCCAAUUGCUUGUUCUAUAAAUCUCACAUUACUUGUUGCUUUGCUUCUCACCCACCCCACCAAGCUCUCCUUCAAACUGCGCCACCACCAAUAACAUGGUUGUCGCGGCGGCACCGGUGAUCAUCGGCGGAGAGCAGACGGUAUGCGUCACCGGAGCCGGCGGCUUCAUUGCUUCGUGGCUGGUGAAGCUUCUGCUGGAGAAAGGGUACACCGUGAAAGGAACUGUGAGAAAUCCAGAUGAUCCGAAGAAUGAUCACUUGAGGGCAAUGGAAGGCGCGGCGGAGCGGCUGGUCCUCUGCAAGGCUGAUCUGCUCGACUACGACGCCCUGUUAGAAGCCAUUCGUGGCUGCCAUGGCGUCUUCCACACCGCCUCUCCGGUCACCGACGAUCCCGAGCAAAUGGUGGAGCCGGCGGUGAGAGGCACGAGGAACGUGAUCAAUGCGGCGGCGGAGGCCGGCACCGUCCGCCGCGUGGUGUUCACCUCCUCGAUCGGCGCCGUCACCAUGAAUCCCAACCGCGGCCCGGAGGUGGUCGUCGACGAGAGUUGCUGGAGCGACCUCGAGUUCUGCAAGAACACCAAGAAUUGGUACUGUUACGGGAAGACGGUGGCGGAGCAGUCGGCGUGGGAGGUGGCGCGGGAGAAGGGAGUGGAGCUAGCGGUGGUGAAUCCGGUGCUGGUGAUGGGCCCGCUGCUGCAGCCGCAGGUGAACGCCAGCGCGGCACACAUCCUCAAGUACCUCGACGGGUCGGCGAGGCGAUUCGCCAACGCGGUGCAGGGGUACGUGGACGUGCGGGACGUCGCGGCGGCGCACCUCCGCGUCUUCGAAGCCGCCGCCGCUGCCGGAAAGCGCUUCAUCUGCGCCGAGCGCGUCCUCCACCGCGAAGACGUCGUCCGGACCCUCGCCAAGCUCUUCCCCGAGUACCCGGUCCCCAACAAAUGCUCUGACGAGGUUAAUCCACGUAAAAAGCCUUAUAAUUUCUCAAACCAAGCUCUGAGACAGCUGGGAGUGGAGUUCAGGCCAGUGAGCCAGAGCCUGUAUGAAACUGCGAAGAGCCUGCAAGAGAAGGGCCAUCUCCCUGUCAGGCCUGAUCAAGAUUAUUAGUUUAUUAGAAGAGAUCAACAUAAACAUAAUUAUAAGUUUAUUAGUUAAUUAAUGUGCACGUAAUUAAGGUGUGUUUUGUGCACAGUCUCUGCUCAAUUAUGUGAUAUUAUUGUGGCUGUCUAUGAAUUAUAAGAUCUUCAAACAA